AUGGGGUCAUCCGGAUUGUUCCAAGUCGACGGUGGAAAGACAGUGAGCGUUAGCAUUAUUGACACCACAUCUCGUAUAGGGAACGUGCCAUUGGAACUUCUUGUUACACCGCCCAUCCCCGACUUCUCGCGUUUGGGUGCAGUUCCAUCGUGGUCAUUCCUGAUAGAACAUGAAUCCUCAGGGAAGAAGGCGCUUUUCGACCUGGGUAUACCACCAGAUUGGCAGAAUAUGUCUCCAGCCAUCUCCACCUUUCCCGGCUGGGAUAUCAGUGCUCAGAAAAACACGAUAGAUAUCCUUGAGGCAAAUGGAAUUUCAGGAUCCCAAAUCAAUAGCAUUAUCUGGAGUCAUUGGCAUUGGGAUCAUCUCGGUGACCCUUCAACCUUUCCACCUACAACAGAUCUAGUGGUUGGUCCUGGCUUUAAGCAAGCUUUCUUGCCUGGGUUCCCCGUCAACAAGAAAUCUCCCGUAAGAGAGAGCGAUUUUGCAGGUCGAAACUUGAGAGAAAUUGAUUUUAGUAUAACUAAACUCUUGGCGGGGAAAUUCCAUGCCUUUGACUUCUUCGGAGACGGCUCAUUCUAUCUGUUGGACACUCCGGGACACGCAAUCGGUCAUCUAUGUGGCCUCGCUCGAACGACGAAUUCGCCAGACACUUUUAUCAUGAUGGGAGGAGAUCUCUGCCAUCAUAGUGGGGAAAUGAGACCGUCGCCACAUCUACCACUCCCCAGUGAUAACCAACUUCAUGAGAUCUGGCAGAGGUUUUCGGCAACGGCUAUACACCCGUGUCCCGGUGCAGUUCUAGCUCAGCUACAACAUUCUCGUGGAAGAGACGUUGAUAUACCAUUUUAUGAUCCAGCAAUGGGCCAUGAUAUCGAUAUUGCCAUUGACACGAUUAAAAAGGCUCAAGAAGCGGAUUCUGAUGAUAACAUCUGGUUUGUCUUCGCCCAUGACGAUAGCUUGUUUGAUACAGUGGAUCUGUUCCCAGCAAAAGCUAAUGCGUGGAAAGAGAAAGGGUGGGGUUCGACCACGAAGUGGGCCUUUUUGAAAGAUUUCAAGACGGGACUUCUACAGGGUGCAAAUUGA